GAGAGGCAGGGAGGAAGAAUCAAUAGAGAAAUAAUAAAAUAUAAAGAAAAGAAAAGCCCCUUCUGGAUGGGAAAGAGAACACUUUAAAAGAAAUCUCAGAUCAGGAAAAAGAUUCAUUUUUUCUGUCUGGCUUUUUUUCUAUUGCAGGAGUGAGAGGCUCACUUUCAAAUCUGCUGUCUUAAGACAUUUUCAAGCCCUCCUUUUUACUGUGUAUUACUCCCCUUUAUCUAUUAUUUUGAGGUUAUGUAAAAACAGUAUGGGUCGGCUCAAUGUACUCACUAGCCUCCACGGCUAGAUGUCGCACCCGAGGCCCCUUUCACCCCAACAAGUCUAUGAAUUGCAAGUUGCAAGAAAAGCAAGUGGGAGUAGGAGACAGCUUUUUUCCUUAGCGUGAACUGAGACUGUCAGGAGAAGAGCACAUCUCACCAGAGGGGGAAAGCUGCUGUGGCUCUAUAACCUGACUUUGGAUCAUGUCAGUCUUCUGAUCCAGUAAAUAUCCUCCGGGGGACCAUCCCCUGGAGCACUCCCUCCAGUCCUUCUCCCUCCAGUUAGGGUGCUAAAGUGAUGCUGAAAAACUGAGCCCAGCUCAGCCACUUGGGAUCUGGAGAACAGCAGCUUUUUCCAGCAGCAGCAACAGCCUCUGAUAAAAAAUCAUCCAGACAGCUGCAGGAACUGCACUACAAUUCAGGACUUUUCCUCCAAAGAAAGAAAGCACCAAGCAAUGAUGAAGACUGUGUCCAGUGGGAAUUGCACCCUCAAUGUGCCAGCCAAGAACUCCUACCGCAUGGUUGUGCUGGGAGCCUCCAGGGUGGGGAAGAGCUCCAUUGUCUCACGCUUUCUCACUGGCCGGUUUGAGGACCAGUACACUCCCACCAUUGAGGAUUUUCAUCGCAAGGUUUACAACAUCCGGGGAGACAUGUACCAGCUGGACAUCCUGGACACAUCUGGGAAUCACCCUUUCCCUGCAAUGAGGAGGCUGUCCAUACUGACAGGGGAUGUUUUCAUCUUGGUCUUCAGUUUGGACAACAGGGAAUCUUUUGAUGAGGUCAAGAGGCUCCAGAAACAGAUCCUUGAAGUCAAAUCCUGCCUGAAAAACAAGACCAAGGAGUCAGCUGAUCUGCCCAUGGUAAUCUGUGGCAACAAGAAUGACCACAGUGAGAUCUACCGGAAAGUGCGCUCAGACGAAGGGGAGGUCCUUGUGUCCAGUGAUGAGAACUGUGCUUACUUUGAAGUCUCAGCCAAGAAGAACACUAAUGUGGAUGAAAUGUUCUAUGUCCUCUUUAGCAUGGCCAAGCUACCUCAUGAGAUGAGUCCUGCCCUCCACAGGAAAAUUUCCAUCCAGUAUGGGGAUGCCUUCCAGCAAAAAUCCUUCAGGAUGCGCCGGGUCAAAGAGAUGGAUGCCUAUGGCAUGAUCUCUCCAUUUGCUCGCCGGCCCAGUGUCAACAGUGACCUGAAAUACAUCAAAUCAAAAGUCCUUAGGGAAGGACAGGCCAGAGAGAGGGAAAAAUGCAGUAUCCAGUGAAGGGGACUCACUGUUUGGGGCAAAGACUACAUGUAUUUGCAGUGCCUUAUUUUAAAAAAAAGUUUGAAAAACUCAAGAAUGGGCUCUUGGGACACGCACCUCUUGGGGGACACGUACCACAGAGGUGAGGACAGCUCUUCUUGGAAACUCUACAACAUCACUAAUGUAAAUAGUAACUUUCAAGCUAGUCUUGUAAAUAGUUAAAGAAACCAUAUGUCUGAGAUACGGCUAGUUUUUCCAGUUUUGUAAUUUAAGUUCCCUUGUCUUUUUCUUGUCUAAAGAACGCAGACUCAUAAAGAAGAUUCAACCUCAUUCCUGCCCAGGAAAUAGGUUACCCAUCCAGAAAAACUAUUAGGUAUUUGUAAUUUAAAAUAACAACCCAACAUACAGCCUUUGCUGUGAGAGAAAGAUGAGUGUGUGCUUUCUUUUCAGAGCACUCUUCAAAAACAAGAUUUACAAUUUAAUCUCCUGCCUUUGCUCCAAGAGCAAGGGUAUUAGCAAAGGUUUCCCAGACUGAGAGAGUAUUCUGUAUGUGGAUACGUGAUUCUGACUUGCCAUUGAGCGGACCUCUGGUUUGGGGAAGCUUAGAAGACCUAGGGAUGUGAUUUUGCUGCGGCAAUAUUACUUCCUAAUAGUCAUCAAAACAAACAUCAUUUUGUAUUAUAGCUUCAGUUUUGUUUUGUUCCCCCUGCUCCAAGCAAAAGCAGAUGGCAAUUGUGCUUUUCAAAUUAAAGCAGUAUCUACUGGUCUGUUCUAGAACUGCCAAGUGAUUUUCAGUUGUAAAGUUGCAUAAUAUGUACAGUAAUUGAAAGUGAAAUUGUUGUACUGUAAAGCCAGCACAUCUGACUGCUUUGCUCGCCUCACGUAUUAUUGUUUCUUGAAACAGCACAGACCUGUCACAUAGACUCUGAAUACUUUCAUAUAAACAGCAGCUGUGUCCUCCCUACUUACAACUGCAACAGUUCCUUCCAUCUGUCUUUCACAAUAGAGAUGGACCAGAUGUGAAAUUGUGGUUUGAAGAGAGAGUUUGGACCUUCUUCCCCCAAAAUUCAUGAGCGAUUGGAUAUCGGGCAUUGAUUUGGGACCAACUCUAACUGGACCCAUCUUUUCAAUUAUUUCUUCUUUUAAAACAUCCAGCCCCCCAAUUCAGAGUUUUCCUUUUUAGUCAGUAGUGUUUGCCUCUGAGCAGAGGGUAGAGACAAGCCUAUGCAGAAUUCAUGUACUUGGGCACAUCUACAGGAGAUGUUUACUGCGGAGUAGACUAAUUAGCUCUACAGUAAACAUUGUGUGUCUACACAUGCAGCCCUAUUAGGCUGGAGUAAAAU